AUGGGUUCUUUAAUGUCAGGAUGGGACUCUCCUGUAGCUGAUUCUAAUUCAGUGAGAAGGUGCAAGUCACUAACAAGAGAAGAAAUUGACGUUUUCUGGAAAACAAAGAAGAAGAAUGAAGAACAUGUUCAAGCCGUUUCCAAGUUGGUAGCUCAGGAAGUUGAGGGAAGUCAAGCGAAAGAGGAGAAGGUGGUAGAAGAUCCUUACGAAAACCAAAGCAAGAGAAGUGGAUGGUGGACAAGAAGCAACUGGGCGUUCCUGAAUGAGCCGAGGGAGGAAGAAGGUCGACCCAACAAUUACGUGCCGCAGUUCCAAGUGGCUCACAUCGCCAAAAUCGCGGGAUAG